AUGGCUUGGCUUGAUGUAACCGAGGUCUUUGCCAACAUACGCCUGCCGGGACACCUCCACACUGAGAGCUCCCUCCACUUUGCCAGCGACUUUGAGUUCCAGGACACAGACGUCCUCCUCGUCACUUACCCCAAAUCAGGCACCACGUGGAUGCAAGAAAUCCUGACCUUGAUCUACAGCAACGGCAACCUCCAACCUAUAAAGACUCUUCCCAACUGGGCCCGAGCUCCCCGGUUGGAGCACACCUAUUUCCAAGAGCAGCUUCAGCACAUUGGGUGUCCUCUGCCCCUCACCACCCACUUGCCCCAGUCAGUGUUGACACCUGCCCUGAAGAAAGCUAAGCCCAAGGUGAUCUAUGUGGCAAAUCAAUACCCUGGACUAGAUCAUCCAGUGCAUCCGUUUCAGCCUGCAGACUGGAUGCUUGUAACAACAACCUCCUUGGAUCAGCAGUGGAAGGGACUAUUUCAAAUGCUUCAGACCACCCAUACAGCACUAAAAGUGGAAGGCCUGGCAUCUUGGAUAGAUCACUUCCAGAGUGAAGAAAUACCCACGAUCUGCCCUUCGUGA